AUGAAUCACUCGGAGACACUUGAGCUGACGGCCACGAGCAAUCCGUACCUCCAUUUCUACCGUGAGUUUGUGAAAGAUCAUCCACGAGAACUUACGACAGUGUUUGACCCGGAACUGAGCGAUGAAGUGCGCUCUGAAAUGUACUCGGCGCUGGACGUGGGGGUUGCAAUGAAAUACUCGUGGGCUAUUCCAGAUGAGCGUGCACUGCAGAUUAUCAAGCAUUACGGGCCGAUUGUCGAGAUGGGAGCUGGCAGCGGGUAUUGGGCUCGACUGCUGCAGCUUCGUGGCGUCGAUAUCGUUGCCUAUGAUUUGCAUGUUGCUGGUGACGAAGAGGAGGAUGAGGACGAGGGUGAGGAGAAGGAUGUUGGCAAAACUGCUGCUACGAGUGGGGAAGAGAGUCUUGGUGAAGCAGAAGGAACACAAGGAAGUGGUGGUGAUGAAGCGGAUGAAGAACUGGACGAAGGAGAUUACGAAGAAAAUGAAGAGGAAAGCGAGGACGAGAACGAAGAAGAGGUGGAGAUAGAACAAGUCUAUUGGACAGAAGUGAUCAAAGGGACACCAAAGGAUUUGCACAAACAUGCAGACCGUGCGCUGUUUCUGUGCUAUCCCGACGAUUUUGAGGACAGCCAUGAGUCCAUGGCGAUGGCAAGUCUUUGCAAUUAUGCAGGCAAUACUGUGAUUCACGUUGGCGAGCUAUUUGGUCAAACCCUUUGCCUUCCAGGCGCAUGGGGCAGAACGUCGUCCGAGGAGUUCCAGACUCACCUGGCUACUGUGUACCAUAAAGUAUUGCAAGUACCGCUGCCGUCCUGGCACUCUAGCAUGGACACCCUAACAGUCUGGAAACGUACCAAAUCUUCCAUUACGGAUGGCGUCAUGUAUGCGUAUAUCCCCGAGGAGGAGCGUAUUGACUUGAUUGCUGCUUCUUCAUCCACUCGUCAUUUGUUACUUCUCGGCAGCACUGACGCAGAAAAAGAAGCUACGGCCACAACAAUAAAGAAGAGACGUCGAGGAAGAGAGACACAGCUUAACAAUAGGAAUCUAUAG